AUGCACCUCACAUCGACCGCCCUUGUGGCGUCCAGCCUGCUUCUCGCCAGCUCGGCUGCUGCCAAGGCCUUCAACUUUGAAAACCACCUAGAUCGACGAGCCGGUGCGACCUUGGUCGGUUGCUACAGCAGCAGUGAGGGCAUGGGUAACCAGACCUCAUACACUUUCCAGAGUUCUGGAUGGUGUUACGACCGAUGCAGCGGCUCUCCGUACAACGCAGCUGCGUUUGCUUUGACAGCAGGUUCCGAUUGCCUGUGUGGUGAUGAGCUGCCCUUGGCAUCCGACAAAGUGUCUAGCGGCAAGUGCAACAAGGCUUGUGAUGGCUGGCCCGAGGAUAUGUGCGGUGGAAGUGGAUUCUUCUCAGUUUACACAACUGGUCUGGUAUCCGAUGUUCCCAGCUACUCUGACUCCACAACUACGAGUUCUAGCAGCAGCGAAACGAAUACCGCUACUACAAAGAGCAGCGGGGCAACUGCCUCUGUCUCGACUGACGCUAAUGGAGCGACGACCGUGGUGACUGCCACCAGCGCGCCUAAGCCUAGUAGCACAGAUGAUAUCGAGGCUGAGAAGAAGAGCACCCACAACACAGCCGCGAUUGCUGCUGGUGUUGUGGUUGGUGUGGUCGGCCUGGCCGCAUUGGCAGGUGCUGUCUGGUUCUUCUACCGCUCCAAGAAGCAAAAGGCCGAAGGAUUCCGCGGUACCUCCGGUGGCUUCGAGCGCGAAUCGCCUCCAUCCAUGACGGAUUCACGAUUCGACGGUGGCUACAUGGCCCAGCGCCGCCAAAGCAAUGGCAGCAUCGAUGAUGACCACGACUUCUCUCGCCGCAUCUUGCAGGUGACCAACCCCGACGCAGGCCGCUACCACUAA